CAGUGCCCCUUUAAUGUUUGUUAUUUUGGCUAUAUAUUCAAGUUGUUUAUAAAGACUUUAGUCCGAAACAUAUCUUUCAAAUCUCAAAUGUUAAUUAUUGUUCAAGACACUGUAUACAUGUGACUAGAUGACUUUCGUAGUCUGGGCUAUGUUCUGCUUCGACACAUCAACUUGAUCAAGUUGUCGAUCAAUACUUGGGGACAGUUUUCAGCAGGGGAGGUAACUCUCAUUAUGUACCCAUAGCGUGUUUCCUCGGAUUUCAGCACACCCCAUCAAGCAAGGACUGGUGUAGAGUCAGUCCCGGAUCUACGAUGUCAGUGACUGACGUAGGCUAACGGGGGAUUCCAUUUGUCAUUUCUCCAUUUCAAUCUGCAAUCUGACAUUAAGGGGUUGUUUCUGUGGAGAAAUUGACCUGACCAUGUUAACGAGCAAUGAUACUUGACAGCCAGCCGGAGAGAGUGAAGUUGAUGUUCCGAUUGUGGACCCGAUUGUCGAUGUUGACCAUUCGAUCACUUCCGUAGUUGGAUGUCUCCGAAAUUGCACUGUGGUAACAUGGCACUCAAACUGAGUGUAUGCCGUAACCGCGGUCUGUGCAAAUGUCUGUGUUAUGCCUUUCUGGUGAUUGUGGUUGUCGAGAUUGUUGUGUUCAACACCCUGGUGCUUGUGGCGCUGAUGUCGGUGAGGAAGGAGUUAUCAACGGUGCUGGAUGCUCCUGGGAAUUCUCUCAUGGAUAAGUUAAUGAAUAAUAAGAAAUUCCAGGAAAUUGUGGGAGUGGGCAGGAACGGAGGAUUUGCCAAGAUGAUGGAAGAGACGAUAGGGCGAAUAUACAUCGUAUCGAAUCCAAGCAGUGGGAACGACAAAAUAUCACAACCUCGUCUGAGUUUCUUAGGAAUCGAUGUGUCGAACGCUCGUGAAGCCACAUUCCUGUACAGACGUAUACAGUCUCGGACUGACUUCCCCUAUACGCGUCUCAUUGUUGACAUUGGCGCCAAUGACGGUCUUGUUUCUAGUAACUCUUUUAACUUUCUACAGUGGGGAUGGAGCGCGAUACUAGUAGAGCCACAGUCACAUGAAAUCAACUUGGCCAAGCUGAACAACAAGAGGAACCAUGACCCAUACAAUGAGGGCAAACAGAACCUGACCCUGGUACAAGGAAUCCUGUCCGACAAGGAUGGCAUGGUUGACUUUGUGUUGUCAAGUUCUGUGGACAAAAUGGAAAGCCAUGCCAUGAAGAGUUAUCAAUACGAACAGACCAAAAAUAAACAUCCUUUUAUUGUGAAGGUGCCUAGUCUGACAGUGAGGACGUUUGCAAGGAGAUACAAUGUGCCGAAGACAUUUGGAGUUCUCUCCCUUGAUGCUGAAGGAUUAGGAGAUAAGCUGCUGCACCAGUGGAUGGACCUUGGCUUUAAGCCUGCAUACAUUAUAUAUGAACAGCUUCAUAACAGUGAACCAAUCGUCACUACCGUCGAGUACUUGGAGGGCAAAGGAUACCGCUACCUCAACAAACUGGGCUGGAACUAUAUGUUUGAACACAUGCCCUUCCCUGGCGAUGAUAACUGAUUAUCAUUAUCAUUAGAAUCUGAUGUGUAACGAUACCCCUGUGCGUCAAGGACGGUGAUGUCCUCAGAUUUUAAUGCAGGCAGGUAUUGGAUCAGAGGAAGAUUUUAUUUUAUAUGAUUGACAGUCACCCUAUGAUGUGUAGAAUGAUAGACAGUCACCCUUUGAUGUGUUGAAUGAUGAAAGGUCAGCCGAUAGUGGGUUGAAUGAGAUUGCCUUCUGUUGAUGUGUUGAAUGAUCUGUUGCCAUCUGUUGAUGUGUUGAAUGAUGAACUGUCACCAAAUGUUGAAAGAUGAACUUCACCAUCUGUUGAAUGAUCUGUCGCCAUCUGUUGAAUGAUGAAUUGUUGCCUUCUGUUGAUGUAUUGAAUGAUGAACUUUGCCAUCUAUUGACAUGUUGAAAGAUGAACUGUCGCCAUUUGUUGAUGUGUUGAAUGAUGACUGCUUCUCAAGGUUGUUAUGGUUCUUCGAAGGAGGAAUGGUAAUUCUGUGAUGAUGAUGAUUCUUGUCUGAUAAUCUGAUGAUUGAAUGAUCACAUCUUUCAGCAGCGCAUCCUGAAGACCAGCACAGAACGUGCACACAUAGUAUCAUGCAUAUCGGUACUCACUGAAUCUCGACAUUACCCAAAAUCAGGUCAUGUCUCUAGUCAGUAUUGUUUCAAACAUGUGAACAUAGCAUGUGAAUUCUCCAACUAUGAUCUUUCAGCUGUCCUGUGUACAAGAACUUAAACCUUCAGGAUUUAUACAUUUGUCAUUCCAAAUAGCCAAGUUGAUGCCCUUCCUAACAAUCUUGUUAACAUGCCAAUCAGAUAUCAGACAAUAUGACUUUGCCAUUUAUGUCAAAGUUCGCAAAGAUCGUUCUGAUGUGACCUGUAAUGAGAGAUGUCCUCAGGUCUUUGUUUAGCAGUAUUGAACACUAAGAUCUGAUUUUGAUGAUUCAAACUGCAUAAUGCAGAUACUAGGCACUAGGGGGCACUGUGUUGAGCAGGGAGAUAACUCUGUCCGGUCCAGGAAAUCAACUGUUGGCAAAAUAUGCAAAUUGUUUUAACCAUGUAAUACUGAAAUGUUCCACAUCAUGUUUACAUAGUUGGAUGCCACUUGUUAAUGUCAUGGCUCAAUGCUUUGUGGAGAUUCCUCCUUAUAUGGAAGACAGUGGCAGUAUGUUUUAACCAUAUGUAGUGAAUAUGGCUGAUCCAAGACAAUAAGUAUAAACCGACUGCAGAACAAAAUGAUGUAAUAAUUUUCAUCUUUUACCUUUCAUGAUUUUUUUAUGUCUUGGAUGAGCUAUAAUGAAGUAAUUUUUAAGGAAACAUCGUGUUUUUAAUGUGACGAAAGUACAAGGUAGUUUACCAUUUUUAGGUUUUAUAGUCGUGUUUCGAGGUUGCUAUGGUCACUUUGUGUCUAGCUCAGUUUCUUGAUUCUUUCAGGGGGCAGGAGUGGCCCAGUCAUCUAAAACUUCCCAAUCGCUGUGCAGAGUUGCGUGCCUUGGGCACACCAGGAACCUAUGAUCAUGGGUUUGAAUCCAGGUUCGCCCUGAUUAUGUUUCUAGGUUUGUCAGAGCCAUAUCCAUGGUUCUGGGUUGCACGUCUGUGACCUGCAUCGGUUCAGUGUUUCCUAACACAUUAAGCUGACACGCUGUGAUAUUACUGGAACAGCCCCCGUGUUCACUAUUGUUAUCCUUGAACUUCAGCAUUCUCAGGGUGCCUGCCACUUUUUCAUCUUCCAGACAUUCUUGUCUUUUUAGGCCAGACUUUUUAAAAAACUUGUUUUACGAAUUCACUGACUUAAAAAAAUUGAAAAUGUGAAGUUUUUAAAUAAAUGAAAAGCACUGUCUCUAUCAAUAUAAAUAAGUUAGAUAAAGUACCAUAACUAAACCUGUUUUAAAUUUAUAAUUAAUUUAAAAACAAUCAAAUUAUGACAAAAGAGGAAAUUUUAAGCAUACAUAUUUGAAAUUUGAAUAUUGUUUAUGAUUUUUUUUCGACUUACUGACCUGAAUUUUGGGCCAAAAAUCUGUAAAACAAAAAAUUACAAGAUAACAAUGAUGAUAGAAGAAGUGUGUACAGUGUCUGUGUUUGCCUUGGACUUCAGCAUUCUCACCAAUCUGUCACUUGUUCAUCUUCCAACGAUCUUGUCUUUUAAUAUUGCAGAUAUUUUACUGAGGCAUUGGUUGGAGCUGCCAAACAUUCCUCAGGCACUUUAUUUUAAUUAUGUCCUUGUGCUCCAAAAUAUAAAUGAAUUAAGUCCAGGCCAAUUUAGUUCCAGGUCCUUCUUUCAUGGAUGCUUCUUCCCAAAAUAUCCAAAAACACGAAGGACAAUUAAUCUGUGAAUAUAGAUAUCGAACUCUAAAUUUUUCACUUUGCGCCUCUUAAGGUGUUUAUUUAUGCAUAACACACGACCACAUUUGGGAGGUUCUUUUGGGGGGAUAAAUUGCUAUCCAUUCUCUUCGUGUGAGGUUUAGCUGGAGCAAGUUGGUGAGAACAAAUUGUCAGUGUAACCAUGGUAACCAAACAUGAUAAGUUCUGGUUACAAUUUUUUUAUUUCUUUUGGGAGAAUGAAUAAAAAUUGCAUGCAGAUCUGUAAAACAUGUAAUAAAACUUGUCAGGUAUUAUUAUCUAAAACAAUUUACUUCUUUCCUGCAGGACUGUUACAAAUUUUGGGAAUGACGAAAAGGCCCAAAGAACAUUCAUAUGGAAAGUAAUGUUUUUACUGUUCUUUAAGAUACACAUUCAAGGUGCCAGAUGAUGUUACUUUAAACAACUACUUUAAAAAAUGUGUUUUUUCAAUUUUAUUCUUCUUUUUACUUCUACCACUUGUCCUAUGACUUUUUAAGAAACAACCUUUUACCAUGUUAAAUUAAAGUCUUCUUAUUCUCACUACCUGUAUAUAGUAUGUUGAUCUUCCAGUAGAUAGUAAUUUUGUUGAGGAUAGCAGACAGUAAACUACAGCAUUAUAGCCAAUUCUACAGACAUUCCGAUUUCACCUUUUAUAGAUAUUCACUUUUUGAUCUUCCAGUAGAUAGUACAUCAUGUACAUAAGUAGUUUUCUGCCAGAGAUUCCUACAUGGCUUUAACCUACCAUCAGUAGAAUUCUCGUUGGUCUGGUUGUUCCUAGUUUUCCAGCCAUGUUUUUUUUUUACAUUGUGCCAAAAUCAUAUACUUGAUGUUAAAACUUUUGACAAAAAAAGUGUGCUUUUUACGAAAAAAAUGAAUAACGCAAUCCCAUUUUUCUAGAGUUGCAUCAUAAAUUAUAUUACCGUCCUGAUAGUGCCAUUGUUUAAUGCCUCUAGGUUUUUGUUCAGCUUCACUAAAUAUACCGUUAGCUCUGCUUGUCGUAAGAGGCAACUAUAAACAGAUCGUGUGGUCUGGCUCGCUGACUUUGCUGAUGCAUGUCAUGGUAUCCUUAUUGUGUAGAUGAUGCUUGUGAUGUCAUUAGAUUGUCUGGUCUAGACUCGAUCAUUUAUAAAGCACCAUCAUAUAGCUCAAAUUUUGCAGAGUGUGGUGUUAAUCAACCAACAAACAAAAUAUAAACACACCAACAUCAUUUAUCUGGAAUAUUGAUGAGUACAGUGUUAACCAACCAACCAGCAAACAAACUAACACUCAGAUAAACCAGUUAAAAGAAGAAAAUACUUUUUAAUAACACCUACCUGGGUUGGCCUAAGAAAAGAAACCACACAUAUUUUGCGUCUAUUUGUUUUCCGUAUUAGACUGUGUUAAUAUUUAAGCGCAUUGGAAAUAGUUCAGCCAUCUUCCCAUGGCAAGGGAGUUAACUGACUAUAAAAGUCCAGUUUCAACCCUUGCCGAACUAGGCUGGAAUUACGGGGCUCAAUCAUAGCACCACCAGUGGCUAUUAAAAGUUCAGUUCCUUCUAUGCCCCUUGAUAAAAAACAUGAAAAGAUUUGGAAAAUAUCUGUUGAUGCCAUGUUUUGCUAAUCCCGCAAUCGACCGAAAUCUGCAUGGCAGUUAACAAACCGGAUGUCAAUUUCAUUACGCGAUUUUGAUUGGAUUAUGCAUAGACUUGUUAGUCCAGCUAAAAUAUAACUCCUUAAUUCCAGCCUAGGUAGGCAAGGGUGAAAAGUGGACUUUUACAGUCAGUUAACUCCCUUGCCUAGGGAAGAUGUAUUUCAGCCAUAUAGUUACAAAUAUUAUACAACAGACCCCAAACAUUGGAUGUUAUUCAGUACCAGUUUCUAUGAAAUGUCUUGGUGCAAAAUUUCCCAUUAUGUAUGAAAUUGUUGAGCUUUGAGAUGCGUUGAUAAAUUGUUUCAGCUGAUUAUUAAUGAUUUUUAUGGAAUUGUGUUCAUUCUGUCGUUCUAUUGUUGGUGAUUUGAACGGAAUAUUAUUGAAAUAGUCUCAUGAAGCUGAAAUACAUUUUUCCUCAGCAUCAGACUUAUCUCAUGUCAGACGUAACUUACUUUGAUAACACUCUCAGUAUUGAUAUCCUCACCCCAAUUUGAGGUUUUCUCCGCUGUGAAUAGAUGGGUUUGAAUGUGGACAAUUGUAAUAUGCAAAUUAUAUACAUGCCUUUCAACUUUGUACCCAAUGUUUGUUCUUCAAUUAUACAUUUUAUUAAAAUUAUUCAAGAAUAAAAAUAUUAAUUCUA